UUAAGCCUCAAAGAAGCUUUAAAAUGUUUUAAAACAGUGACUUUUCGACCUUCUUAUUUCUGUAGAGAGACACUGUCAUUGAUUAUUGGAAUAAAAAAAGAGAGAAAACCCUUUGAUUUUUACAGCAUGAACCCCUAAAUAUUACUGAAGUCAGAAAAAUUUACAGCUCUUGACGAUCAAGCUGAGGCAAUGUUGAAGUGGAAUGAUCCACGAGUGUGGCAAGUGCCAAGUGGCUUUAACAGAGAAAGCUUUGCAGGCCAAAGGCCGCAAUAUAUAGUUAAAUAGCAGCACAAACACCCAGAAAGAGUUACAGUGAGCAAUUAGUACAGUUGAAAAAUGCAGUGUAUAUAUAUAAUGGAUGGAUGUGUAACAAGAUUAAAACUAACACAUGAACUAGAAGACAAGACCCCUUAUGUGUAUGGACUAAUUAUGUGGUGUUUCAGGCAAUAGGAAGCUCUGUGGCUUGUUCAUUUGGCAGGUCUGUUAACUGGUGUUUUGGAAGGUGAGGACAGAAAACAAGAAAUGGGAAAAGCCAGCAAAUGGAUCAGAAACUUCCUUCUGGGGAAAAAAGAUGAGAAAAUCAAGAAGAUCGAUGCAUUAUGCUCUGAGGAUAUUAAGAGUCCUAACACGGGGAGUCUGAUUGUGAGUCCCAAAGUGAAGCGCAGAUGGAGCUUUGGAAAACUGACAGGUGGAAGAAUAACAAGCAAGAUAGUAGGGCAUAAACUUUCCAGGUCUUUUGACUCAGGUGAGUCUGCAAAACUGCAAAUACAAGCCUUGUUGGAAACAAAGGCUUCAAGGCGUCUUCCAACACCACUGCCAAGAACUUAUAAAGAUAAAAACAAAGCUGCUACAAAGAUUCAGGCUGGUUUUCGCUCAUAUUUGGCAAGAAGAGCAUUGCAUGCUUUAAGGGGAUUAGUAAAGUUACAAGCACUAGUGAGGGGUCACCUUGUGAGGAAACAAACAACUGCUACCCUGCGUGGCAUGCAUGCGCUGAUGGCCAUACAAGUUAGAGCGCGAAUUCACAGAAUUCAAAUGGCAGAGGAAGUAAACCUCCUUGGAAAACAGCCUCCACAACAUAGAGAAGUUGCACACUUCAGAGACCUAAUAACAGAAGAAAAUAAAGUAAGAUUCAGACUCUGCAAUGGACCUCAAUUUAAUCAUCUGAAGUUUGACAUCAUAUGAUUAUUCCAGUAAUAAAACUCUUAUAUU